AUGAAGGACGACGGCAAGACGCCAGAUAGUGAAAACGGAGGAGAGAACGUGUUCGCAAGAAGCGGAAAGCUGCAGAGAUCACCAGCGUCAAACCAGGUGACCACAGCGAGUUCCAGUAGUAGCAUACCCCAAGUGGAACAGCAUGGACCCCAAGGAGAGCAGCUAGGUGCGGUGCCAUGCCAAAUAUUCACACUGAAAUCCAGCAGUGGCAAACAGCAAGAAUUGCAGCUUGGGAGAACCAAAAUGACGGAGGUUAGGAAGAAGAUCGAAGAACUCUAUGUGUUCGUGAAGGAUAAGAACAACAUACACAAGGAGGUCAAGCUACUAGCGACGGUCAUCAAAUCCGGCAUAGCUGUGGCAGAUCGGGAACUGCAAGAAUGGAGAAGAAGAGCCGAAGCGGCCGAAAAGGCUCUGCUUGAGGCCAAGGAGAAUGCAAUGCUGGCUGUAGCGCAGGAGACGCCGAAGGGACCAACGAACCCACGUCCGAAAAAAAGAGAUAGGGAAACGCCAGGAGACGAAGAGGACCCCAAAAAACACAAGGACGACGAAUACGGGGACAAGGAGCAAGAAGAUGGAGAAGAUAAUGAUUGGCGUAAAGUCGAAAACCAGAAGGAGAAGAGGAAAAAACUGAAGGAAGAGGAAAAAAGGAAGACGGAACAGAAGAAGAAGGAGGAGAAGGAAAAGAAGAAUGCAGAGGAAGAGAAGAAGAAGAAGACGGAAGAGACGAAGAAGGAAGUCAAGAAGAAGGAAAACCCCUUGGCAUCGUAG